GUGCGAUUUUUUCUUGCAUCUUAUUUGGGUUUUGCAUGAACCUUUUUUUUUAGCGUUUUUUGCUUGUUUGUUUCUUGGUGAUGAGAUUGUUAUAUAUUGUGGUUUAGCAGCAAUUUAGUUGAUUGUUCCAUUUGCUGGCUUUUCCUUUAUGUUAUCACACUUUAGGGUAGUUCUAAAGAUUUAAUUUUUCUUGAAAUUUAUAGUUUUUGUGUGUAGAAAUUUGUUACAAUCCUGAAAAGGAUUUGGGUCUUGAUAACAUUUUGCAAUAUUAACAAAGAUUAUCCGUGUACGCCUCAUUAAUGUGUUACUAGAAUUGUUAUGUUGCUUGCGUUUUUGUUCAACUUUAUUUUGUUCUUCAGUUCUGAUACAGUUAAUCAUCCGGACUUGGAUAUUUUCCUCAACGGUAAAAGAUUCCGUCUUUAGUUCGCAGUACUUUUCAUGACAUAUUAGUAAUUUUGAUUGCCCAAGAUUUUUCAUUCUCUUUAGUGCCUCAAAAGCCCUUGAGGAGAGCCCUAGAAUCUUGUCUGCAUCUUUCCCCUUCCAUAAACAUGGUCACAUGCGUCCUUGUGGACUACGAAACGUCUGUGUUUAUGUAGAUAUGGUUUUGGUCCUUGCCGGUUAUCCCACAUGACAGGGCAAGAAACAUCAAUAUCCUGUCCGAAGCCUCCCCCUCCUUUAUCAACAAACGGUGGUAUUUCAGCCCCUGCUUCACAGGAUAAUACGCCGACAUCAAGUGUCCACCUCUCUCCAACUGUUAACCUUUCUCGAGAAUACUACCUCGCGGUUCAGACCAGUUCUUAUAGUGAGAUCCGAAGAAAAUUCUACAGUGGUCCUCUCGACCAAAGUGUAGGACGUGUGGAUGUCUUUGAGGAGCCUCAGCUGUUGGAACAUAUUCUUCGACCAAGCCGUGAGAGUCUUCAGGAGGCACUCACACUUAUUAAGCCUAACUCCCUUACUCAUAUUGCUGCAACCUACUUUGAUCAUAGUGAGCACAGUUCCCGUCUAUACCUUCUCCUCUAUCAGAGGAUUCGUAAUACUCGACUCCUCUAUACCCCUAUGCAUAACCUUCUCGAUGAACUUCCAGUAGAUAUCCACUCUGACUACUAUUCACUCUCUCCUUCCCAAUGUGAUUUAGCAUUUAACGUGUUUCUCCAAUUUGACUGCGCUGAGAAUCCCUUCCUAUCCCCCGACUCACACAGCUUCACUAAUACGCGUCAGCGCUUGACCCAGCUCAGAGAAGAGCUGGACCAUCAUCUCAAAAAGUCACAAUCGAGACUUCACCUAAUACGUCGCUGCUCAAGAGGAUCUGCGAUUUGCUUGAUAGCUGCCACUGUGGGUGUGGUUGUGUCAGCGGUGACUAUAGCUACUCAUGCUCUCGUUGCCCUUGUCGCAUGCCCAAUAUGCCAUGCCAUUCUCCCUUCAAAUAUGACUAAGAAAGAAAAUAUCCAUCUAUCUCAGCUUGAUGCUGCUGCCAAGGGUGCUUAUGUCCUUCGGAACGAUCUAGACACCAUUGAUCGCCUGGUAGCCCGUCUGUGUGCAGCAGUUGAAAACGACAAACUUCUUAUUCAUCUUGGGCUAGAGAGAGGAAGAGACAAGUAUAGCAUUCAAGAGAUAGUAAAGCAGCUCCAAAGAAACCGCCCUAAUUUUGUUCAACAGCUUGUGGAUCUGGAGGAGCAUUUGUUCUUGUGUUUUGCUGCUAUCAAUCGUGCCCGGUUGCUUCUGCUCCAAGAGAUUCAAAUGCACCAAAACCCUGCCUGAUUACGGCCAAAUGAAGUAAGCUCUAUAUAGCUGCUUGCAGAAGUUAUUUCGUAUUCAGUUUAAUUCUUUCUUUUGCUGCUACUAAUUAGUAAAAACAUCUUAGCAUAUGAAUAGUGCAUCUGUUAUCAAGAGAAUCAAUGAAUGGGGAACUGAUGAUUUAGAAAUAGAAAACUUUUCCAUGUUGAAUGAUUUGCUACAUGUAUGUUAGAAGUCUGCAAAAGAUUUCACAAAUCUAAUAUAAUAUGAAUGUGAAUUUUAUGUCA